AAUCGAACAGUCCUCAAUAUGAGAACAAAAACGUCGUCGUAUUCCAGCCUCAACCUCCAAUCUCAUUUUCUCGGUUUUUGUUUCCAACAGUGUAACUGUAAACCCAAGCCCAAAACCAUUAGAAGGAAAUGAAGGACAUUACAGAGCCUCUCAGGCAUUUCAUCAAACACAUAAAUCUCUAACGUCGCAAGCCGGAUAUUCAUAUCCAAAAUCUUUUCUUUAUGUCACAGAAAGUAGAGGGAAACACAAAAAUGGCUCUCAAAAAGGCCAAUGAUCACUGGUCUUUUCUGGAAGAAAUUGAGGCACCUAUGUGGGUUGAUCUCACUCUAGAAGAUAACUCUAACCACCAAGACAUCAAUGAUGAGUGGUUCCACACAAGCCACCAGUUCCACCAGUGUUCUUCUCGCCAGUUAAAAUCUGCAUUUUCUCGUUGCGGUGAGGUUAUUAUGACCUCAGACUUUGACUUACAGGGAUCAACUUCCCCAAAACUUCCACCGUCAGUCUCAAGGUCAAGAGGCAAAAAGUACAGAAGCAAGAAAUGGAGAGUAGAAAAUCGUGAGUUCUUAUUAAAGAAGCCGCAUCCUGUCAAGGUUUUAAGUGAGAAAUCUUCUUGGGUGGAUUCCGGAUCUAGUGAGGAAAUAAAACCCAAAUCAGGCUUAAUAAAUUCAAAGGGAAAUUCCAGGUCGAAAUCAAGUUUGGUCUGUGAAAGCGGUCUUACUGGAAAUGCCAUACUGAGUUGCUCUAAACCUGUGUUCACUUGUGGGAAUCCAGCAAGUAGGUCAUGUUCUAUUGGAAACAAGGCUUCUAAUAGCAAUACAUCAAGCACCAUUACAUCUCAGAGCAGUCUGCAGCAAGAGCAGUCAUGUUCGAAGGGAAACAAGGCUUCUAAAAGCAAUACGACAAGCACCAUUACAUCUCAGAGCAGUCAGCAACAGGAGCAGAAGCACAUGGAGGUAUCAACUCAAUCAUUUAGUCAAAGUGGUUUUUUGUCAGAAUUGAGGAUUAGUCUUAGGAAAAGCUGUGUCACUAGACAAGCAUCAAGGGUGGAGAUGAAUAAUGAUAAAUGUAUGUCAAGAGGCCGAAAAUCCUCAUCUGGUGGCAAGUCCAGUGUGGGCUCAUCAUCAAACCCUUGUUAUGAGGUUAAAUGCUCAACAUUUACAUCAAGAUGUCCCAAAGAAAUAACCCCAGAUAGCAGAAAUGCAACAAGAAUGACUACUGCAGCAAAGAACAAAAUGAAAACUCUUAGUAUAUCUAAGGAAUCAACUAUUAAAAUUGAAGAAGGGAGCUCCAAUUCUAGAAGGGGAACUAGAAUCAGUGUUGUAAAGCCAACUCGUCAAGAAGCUGCAAAACCAAAGGUUCAAAAGAAAACUCUACAAGCAAGAUCUUUGCUGCCAAUUAGAGUUAAUGAACAACAAAUGUUGUCUACUGCUGCAAUAAAAUCUAAGGAGAAAAUGAGAGCAGGCAGGUUUAACAGGUUGUCAGGUGCUGGUAAAGAGAAUGCUACAGGGAGAAUGACUGCAAGCCAGAAAUGCAGUGGAAAUGGCAUUUCUGCUGGGGUCAUGGUAAGGGGUCAGAAAGGGACGAAACAGAGUGCUUCACAAAAGGGUGGAACAGGAUUGGUGGGUUCAAAGGAAAAAAACACUGAUCGAUGUGAAGUGAAUGUCACCAGGAGGGUCUACCUUCGAUGAGAGAGCAGUUCAGCACACAGCAUUGUAUAUAGUAAAAACCUAACAUCUCCCUUACCCCCACAGGGAACAUGGUUGUAUAUAGCAAAACAACAGAGUUUUUCCCCUCCCUUUGCCUUGGAUUUGGAUGGUAAAAUUUUGAUUCUUUUGACUUUGAACUUCAAUGACAAUGUCUCUGAUCUAGAGGAUUCCCCA